GAUGCUUGUGGAUCCUGAUCUGCAGAGGAACUACACAGAAGCAGAAGUUGAACAGCUCAUACAAGUGGCUCUUCUCUGCACACAGAGCUCACCUAUGGAACGACCUAAGAUGUCUGAGGUUGUUCGAAUGCUUGAAGGUGACGGUUUGGCUGAGAAAUGGGAUGAAUGGCAGAAAGUAGAAGUUCUCAGGCAAGAAGUGGAGCUGUCUUCUCAUCCCACUUCUGAUUGGAUCCUUGAUUCUACGGAUAAUCUUCAUGCUGUUGAGUUGUCUGGUCCGAGAUAAAAGAAAUUGUAAUUUGCCUAACAGAAACGAUUAAAGAAUAGAGAAAAUUUAAGAAAAAUCACUUCUUUGUAUUCUUUGGUUGAAGAAAAAAAAUGUAGUCUCAGUCA